AUGCAUAGCAGUGAGCAUACUGCUAUGGCAGCAGAUUUGAGAAAUAGCCCGCUUCAUGUAUUCAGAGUACAUGAAAACUGCAAGGAUUAUUACUACAAUAUCAAUAAAACAUUGACAGAUGGAAGUGAAAGGAAGGAAGAAAAUCUCGCAGAAACUCUUAAAAAUAAUGCUCCAGAGGUGUGGGCUCUGAUUUAUGCAGCCAAUGAAAAAAUUGCUUUGAAGGCAGGCCUAUCGCUUGCUAAUGGACACAAAUGGCAUGAAACUGCACGGAAAAAGAAGACCACACAGAGCCCAGGGAUACAUUUAAAAAAUAUAUAUAUAAAGGAGAAGGAACAAAGCAGUGAAGAAAGGCUAGCAGAAUUCCAAAAGUCACCAGAAAACACUGCUUUGAUUGAAAUGUCCACUGUAGGACAGCAUGAAAAUGAUCUAUAUAGUACUCAUAGGAGCGACCGUUUGACUGCUAGUCAAUUUGGAAUAGUUUGCAAAUGCCGUAUCACCACCCCAUGUCACAAUCAUGUAAAGGAUAUUCUGUAUAAAAAGAUAUUUGCACAAAUGACAUGUUAUAUGGGCAGCAAUAUGAAAAUUGUAGCAAAAAGUAUGUUCAUGCAACAAUAUAAUAAAAUUGUCAGGCCUUCAGGCCUUUUUAUUGAUGAAGAAUUUGGAUUUUUUGCUGGCAGUCCAGAUGGUAUAAUUGAAAAUGAGAGAGCUGUUGUUGAAAUCAAGUGCUUUCCAUCAUUGGCCAGAACAAAUCAAAGCCUAGAGGCAGCUGCACUAGAAAAGAAGAACUUUGCUCUAAAACUGGAUAAUAAUGUUUUAGUCAUGAAUAAAAAGUUUACUAUCAAGUAA